CCCAUCUUUGACCAUGAGCUGCCCUGAGCCUCGAAAGGCAGGGAUGAGUGGGAAGAGUCCUAGUUCUCCUCGGAAGCAAGUUAUCUUUAAGAAAAGCAGUCGUGACAAAGGUCUGACCAUCUACCUUGGAAAGCGAGACUUCAUUGACAAUGUAGGGGAUGUGGAACCUGUAGAUGGUGUUGUAUUGGUGGAUCCUGCAAUUAUCAAGGGGAAAUCAGUGUAUGUGUCCCUGACCUGUGCUUUCCGGUAUGGCCAGGAAGACAUUGAUGUGAUUGGUCUCACCUUCCGACGGGACCUGUUCUUCUCUCGAGUCCAGGUGUACCCACCAGCUGACAAGCCAGAGUCUCUUUCCCACUUGCAGGAAUCUCUGCUGAAGAAGCUGGGGAAAAAUGCUUAUCCCUUUUUCUUUACAUUUCCAGAUUACCUGCCUUGUUCAGUCUGCCUGCAGCCUGCUCCUUGUGAUGUUGAUAAGAGCUGUGGGGUGGACUUUGAGGUGAAAGCUUUCUCCACAGAGAAUGUGGAAGAGAGAGUUCAUAAGAGGAACUCUGCACGUCUGCUGAUCCGUAAGGUGCAAUAUGCUCCAGAAAAGCCAGGACCCCAACCUUGUGCAGAGACCACCUGGCAGUUCUUCAUGUCCAACAAGCCAUUACACUUGAAAGCUUGCCUCAGUAAAGAGGUGUACUACCAUGGUGAGCCCAUUCCAGUCACUAUCACCAUCAACAACAGCACAGAGAAAACAGUGAAGAAAAUCAAAGUCCAGGUGGAACAGGUUGCCAAUGUGGUUUUAUACUCCAGUGACAGCUACACAAAAGUGGUAGCUGCUGAGGAAGCACAGGAGAAGGUGCAGCCAAACAGCAGCCUAACCAAGACACUGACACUUCUGCCCUUGCUAGCAAAUAACCGAGAGACACGGGAAAUAGCUCUGGAUGGAAGGCUUAAGGAUGAGGACACCAACCUGGCUUCUAGUACUGUUAUUAAGGAUGGAAUAGACAAGACAGUGAUGGGGAUUCUGGUUUCCUACAAGGUCAAAGUGAAGCUCACUGUUCCAGGCAUGCUGGGAGACCUCACUUCCAGCGAAGUGGGCACGGAACUGCCGUUUCGUCUCAUGCACCCCAAACCUGAGGAAGAGAACCCAGCAGGGAAGGAUGGUGAAGCAGAGCUGGUAUUUGAGGAGUUUGCUCGUCAACAACUAAAAGAUAGGACUGAUGAUGAAGAUAAGGAUAUGCCUUCAACUGAUGAGUGACUAAAAGAACAAGCUGCCAGAGGAGCUAUGCAGUCUGGCAUCACUUAGAAAUUUAGGACCUAGGUUUUUAGUGAACUGCGUGUUCUCAGAUCAUGCAUAGAUCAGGCCUGAGAUCAAUGAAUCUCUAUUGCUUCUUAGAAGUUUCAGCUCUAGAACAACGCAGCAAACUCAAACCCUGAUGCUUACUCUAGCUACCAGAGAAGGCUGCCUUGCCAUUACUUCUGUUUUGAGGGCUACCUGAAGGUUGGUUGCUUUCACCACUUAUGAGAGAUUAAAUGAUGGCUUGUUCAGCCUGCCUAGACUUACUGGUGUCAGAGUUCCUGACUUUGGAAUGCAAAUCUGAAAGGCUGGCUUGCAGACUUUAGUGGUUCACUGAAGUUUCUCAACAGAUUCUACAAAACUGAUUUUAUUUCCUUUUAGCUGCUUUUGCAUUUGUGCUUUACCCAACUGCUCUAGAGAAUAUUCUCAAUGCUUGCACUGCCCCUCUGUGUGGCUUGCAUCCAGUUUCUGUACCACUAUAUGUCUUGCAAGUCAUCUUCCACAGCAGCUAUAAUGCUGAGAUACAAUGUUUGUUCUCUAGCAAUAUUCUUAACAAUCACAUUAUUAAAGAUGAGAGAAAUGUGCA